CUCCUCAAUCAAUGUAAAUCAUUAGUGAUAGUGCCGUCGAACAAGAAAAAUAUCUACUCGGUUGCUGCUUAUUACUAUUCCAGUGUCCGUCUAUACCUAUCAUCUAUCCGGCGUAAAUUCUGUUCACUUACGUUUCACACUUUAAUAUAACCCAUCACACUACCAUGAUCCAACAAAAGGCCGUUGUCGUUCUAUUAUUGAAUGUAUUUUUAACAUCACUCGUCUGUGCUCAAUAUGGCAGUCCUGCUGGAAAUAGCAAUCCCGGAUACGGUGGUUCAGGUAUUAGUGUACCAUCAGGAGAUUAUGGAUACAAAGGCCAAAAACCCGUCAGUGGAGCAGGUGUAUCAGAUGGAAAUUCAGAACCAGAGCCGUUCAACUUUGCUUAUGAAGUGAAAGAUGCACCUACCAAUACAGACUACAAUCACGAAGCCAACAGUGAUGGCCAACGAGUGACCGGAAAGUACGGAGUACUCCUUCCGGAUGGUCGCUAUCAAGUAGUGACAUAUGUAGCCGACGAAAACGGUUACAACGCCAAGGUCAGCUAUGAAGGAGAAGCAAAACCACAAUUAAGCAGACCCGGAAACCCAGGCAGCCAAGGAGGUUAUCCGUCUGCUCCGGGAUUCAAUUCUGGUGCUCCUAGUUAUCCUUCUGCUUCUCCUGCAUAUGGAUCUGCUGCUCCAUCAUAUGGCUCUGCUGCUCCUGCAUAUAAUGCUCCUGCUCCGGGUCUUGGCGGGGGUUAUUCUGGUUACCCUUCAUCUGGUUCUUCUCCUUUGGCACCAAGUUAUCUCGUCCAGGUUCCGUCUUUCCAGAAUGGUAUUAAGGGAUCUUCUCAGCAAAAACAAGGGAAUCAAUAUAAAUAACUUUUGAUACUUUCAACCUUCUACUUAAUUAUGUACUUAAUUUUUUUAUUUUUCAACAACAGUCAAAAUAAGCUAUACGGUGGUAACUGGCCAAACUAAACCGAAUAAAUAUUACGUAGAACAAAAUUGUUAUAAAU